UUAUCAGGCUCAACCCUACAAACUGGGAGUGCACUUGAUCGUCAACAUGUUAGCCCUAUUAGUCACAGUCUUCUCCCUCCAAAGUCUUUUUGUUCAUGGACAAUUGGAAAAUGUUUUCACCUACUUGCAAAACCAAGGAAACUUUACGACACUAGUUAAAUUGUUAAAGCAAUCGGGUUUGGCUGGAACCUUAGCUACAUCAGCGACCCCGCUGACCAUAUUUGCCCCCACCGAUGCCGCCUUUGCUAAGCUCCCCCAGAGUGUACUGGACCGACUGAGUGGAGACCCCCAGGCUCUGGCAGACACACUUAAAUUCCACGUGACUAGUGGAAUUGUUAUAUCACCCAUGCUACAGGACGGAAAAGUGUUCACAACACUGUCUGGAAAAAAUCUGACCGCUCAUCGGUACGAUAAUCAGAAAUUUGUCAUCCAAGGCGUGGAGAUCGAUGGUGGAGACAAGAUUGUUCUGAACGGAGUAGUUCAUCCUAUAAACAGUGUUUUGAUGCCCGCGGACGUCACCAUUUCUGAAUACCUCGGUACACACGAGACUCAGUUCUCCGACCUAUACGCUGCACUUGUUUUGGAAGGACUGGAGAAACCAUUAGAAACGGGUACCUAUACUAUUUUUGCUCCUAAGGACAGUGCAUUUGCCCAGAUUUUGGCCAAUUUACCCAGUAUCACCGCUGAUGACGCAUAUUUCAAAAAGAUCCUGAUGUACCACGUGGUUCCGGGGGUGUGGUUCUCCGCCGGACUGACGGACGGGAUGACCCUUCCCACUCUCGCUGGAACAAACCUUACAAUUAGUUUACCCGGAUCAGGUGUUUAUGUGAAGACUGCACAGGUCAUCGAUGCUGAUAUUCCUCUUGCAAAUGGCUGCCUUCACGUGAUUGAUGACGUUCUUACCCCGCCAAAAUAAAUAUUCCUGUGUUUUUUAA